AUGUUCUGGAAUAUUUUCAUUUGUGUGUCUGUGUAUAGUCGGUUCUCUGGGUUGUUGGUUUCUCUUUCAGACCCACCCUGUGGAGGUCGUUUGAAUUCCAAAGAUGCUGGCUACAUCACCUCUCCCGGUUACCCCCAGGACUACCCCUCCCACCAGAACUGCGAGUGGAUUGUUUAUGCCCCUGAACCCAACCAGAAGAUUGUCCUCAACUUCAACCCCCACUUCGAAAUUGAGAAGCACGACUGCAAGUAUGACUUCAUUGAGAUUCGAGAUGGGGACAGUGAAUCUGCAGACCUCCUGGGCAAGCACUGUGGGAAUAUCGCCCCACCCACCAUCAUCUCCUCCGGCUCCAUGCUCUACAUCAAGUUCACCUCUGACUACGCCCGGCAGGGAGCAGGCUUUUCCCUGCGCUAUGAGAUCUUCAAGACAGGCUCUGAAGAUUGCUCUAAAAACUUCACAAGCCCCAACGGGACCAUCGAAUCCCCCGGGUUUCCCGAGAAGUACCCACACAACCUGGACUGCACCUUCACCAUCCUGGCCAAACCCAAGAUGGACAUCGUCCUGCAGUUCCUGACCUUCGACCUGGAGCAUGACCCUCUGCAGGUGGGCGAGGGGGACUGCAAGUACGACUGGCUGGACAUCUGGGAUGGCAUUCCCCACGUUGGCCCCCUGAUUGGCAAAUACUGUGGGACCAAAACACCCUCUGAACUCCGUUCAUCAACAGGGAUUCUUUCCCUGACCUUUCACACGGACAUGGCUGUCGCGAAAGAUGGCUUCUCUGCACGUUACUACCUGGUUCAUCAAGAGCCACUAGACAACUUCCAGUGCAACGUCCCUCUGGGAAUGGAGUCUGGCCGGAUUGCUAAUGAACAGAUCAGUGCCUCAUCGACCUACUCCGAUGGGAGGUGGACCCCUCAACAGAGCCGGCUCCAUGGUGAUGACAAUGCCUGGACACCCAACUUGGAUUCCAGCAAGGAGUAUCUCCAGGUGGACCUGCGCUUUCUGACCAUGCUCACGGCCAUUGCCACACAAGGGGCGAUUUCCAGGGAAACCCAGAAUGACUACUAUGUCAAAUCCUACAAGCUGGAAGUCAGCACUAACGGUGAAGACUGGAUGGUGUACCGGCAUGGCAAAAACCACAAGGUGUUUCAGGCCAACAGCGACGCGACCGAGGUGGUCCUGAACAAGCUGCACUCACCCCUGCUGACGCGGUUCGUCAGGAUCCGCCCUCAGACCUGGCACUUGGGCAUCGCCCUGCGGCUGGAGCUCUUCGGCUGCCGACUGUUUGAAGGAAGCAUGCACUACGACACCCCUGACAUCCGAAGGUUCGAGCCCGUGCCAGCACAGUAUGUGCGAGUGUACCCAGAGAGGUGGUCACCGGCAGGGAUAGGGAUGCGUCUGGAGGUGCUGGGCUGUGACUGGACAGACUCAAAGCCCACAGUAGAGACGCUGGGACCCACCGUGAAGAGCGAGGAGACAACCACCCCGUACCCCAUUGAUGAGGAGACCACGGAGUGUGGGGAAAACUGCAGCUUUGAGGAUGACAAAGAUUUGCAGCUCCCUUCAGGAUUCAACUGCAACUUUGAUUUCCCGGAAGAGUCCUGUGGUUGGAUGUAUGACCAUGCCAAGUGGCUCCGGAGCACCUGGACCAGCAGCUCCAGCCCAAAUGACCGCACAUUCCCAGAUGACAGGAAUUUCUUGCGGCUGCAGAGUGACAGCCGGAGAGAGGGCCAGCAUGCGCGGCUCAUCAGCCCCCCAGUCCACCUGCCCCGGAGCCCGGUGUGCAUGGAGUUCCAGUACCAAGCCACAGGUGGCCGCGGGGUGGCGCUGCAGGUGGUGCGGGAAGCCAGCCAGGAGAGCAAACUCCUCUGGGUCAUCCGCGAGGACCAGGGAGGCGAGUGGAAGCACGGGCGCAUCAUCCUGCCCAGCUACGACCUGGAGUAUCAGAUUGUGUUUGAGGGAAUGAUAGGGAAAGGACGUACGGGAGAGAUUGCCAUUGAUGACAUUCGGAUAAGCACUGAUGUCCCACUGGAGAACUGCAUGGAACCCAUCUCAGCUUUUACAGUAGACAUCCCAGAAAUCCACGGGAGAGAGGGCUACGAAGAUGAAAUUGAUGAUGAGUAUGAGGUGGACUGGAGCAAUUCUUCUUCCCAAACCUCAGGGUCUGGUGCCCCGUCGGCUGACAAAGAAAAGAGCUGGCUCUACACACUGGAUCCCAUCCUCAUCACCAUCAUCGCCAUGAGCUCGCUGGGCGUCCUCCUGGGGGCCACCUGCGCGGGCCUCCUGCUCUACUGCACCUGCUCCUACUCGGGCCUGAGCUCCCGCAGCUGCACCACGCUGGAGAACUACAACUUCGAGCUCUACGACGGCCUCAAGCACAAGGUCAAGAUGAACCAUCAGAAGUGCUGCUCCGAGGCAUGACAGAUUGCACCUGAAUCACACCUGACGUUUCAUUCCAGCAAGAGGGGCUGGUGAAGAUUACAUUUUUCCCCCUUUGGAAACUGAAUGCCAUAAUCUCGAUCAAACUGAUCCAGAAUACGGAAGGUAGGGACAGGACAGAAAGGCAAGUUGAGGGAGGGAGGGAUAUGCAGCCACAACAGGGGGGAUCAUCCCCCUAGGACUGCGGUGGCUGAGUCAUUGCAAGAACGGGACCAUGCUCUCUGCUGGGAAAAAGACAGGAGCUCAUCUCUUUGGGGUCAGAGUUCUGUUUUGUUUGUGAGUUUGUUAUUAUUAAUAUUAUUAUUAUUAUAUUUUAUUUCUUUGGUCUGUGAGCAACUCAAAGAGGCAGAAGAGGAGAAUGACUUUUUCAGCGUAGAAGGGGAGCAGGGAUCAUUAUUCUCCGCUUUCUCCUUUAAUCAACAUUUGAAAAGCAAAGCAUCUCUUCAGCCUUUCCAUCUUUAGCAAUUAAACUAAAAAAAAUUAACAAGCCGUCCAGCUUAUCCCAUCCUCCGAUUAUCUGAUGACUUAAGGGAUAGACCGUGGUGGAGGCUCUGCCAGCCAACCCUACGAGCUGCCAUUUCCAGUCCUAGCAUUUAAGUAGGAUGUUGUUGCCUUUAACUUUUUUUAUCCAGGGGAAUAUUGCCAUUUUAGGGUCAGCAUGAACAGUUCUUUCUUGUAUGCGAUUGAAAACAAACCAGAAAGGAAACUUCACACAUGAAAAUCCAUAGAUGCACCUCCACGGUAGAAGCGGACGAGCCUUCAAGUGCUUUGUGAGUGAAUAGGAGCCAUUCUUUAAAUCCAGACCCGGAGUCUGUGGUGGUGAGGCUUCCUUCGUGGGGCCUCUGCUGGUGGUCUUGCCUUUUCUUUUUCCUCCUCCUUGUUCUAAAAUGUACACAUAUACACAAAUGUGUGGGUACACACAUGCGCGUGCACACGCACACACACUUUGCAGGUCUCUAAGCCCCAAGAAACAGCAUUGUUCAAUAUUCUCAGAGGUGGGCUGGGGAAAAUACAGGCAAUUGGUAUGUCUUCUCCAGUGGUGAGAUGGGGUAACUGGCGACCAGUGGGUGGGAAGGAGAAGCCUAGCCUCUGUGACCAUGGGAUGGCAAAGGCUAAGCAGUGUAGACUCGGACAUUCUGAUGAGUUGGUCUCUCUGAUGAGCUCAUAGAUACAGCCUUUCUCCUUUGGGUUACAGCUACCACUUAAGCCUUUCAGAAGACUCAGAGCUAGGAUCUACAAGAACUGAUUCUAUCCAGAGUCUGCAGGUACUAUGGACUGUUUUCCCUCCCACACAUGCAUGCGUGCAUACACACACACACACACACCCCAUUUUAUGUGUUUUUAUUAAGUGCCUUGAAAAAAUGAAGAAAAAUGUAUUUUCCCUUUAGGUAGAAAUCAGUGAAUAUCUUACAAGUUAAGGCAUUCCUCCUUCCCUAACCCCAAUGGCUCCGUCCCCAGCUCCCCCAACUCACCACUGACCUAUCAGUGGGAUGAGUCCUGCUGCCGAGAGAUAGUCAGAGCCCUAGAUGACUCUCAGCUACUCUCAAAAAGGAGGCAUCAGGAAUAGAAUGAAACCGUGUGAAGGAUAAGAUUGUCCGCAUCAAGAUCCAAAUCUUGAUUACCUAUUUAUGCCUAAGUAUUGCCUGUGUGCUGGAAAUACAUUUUGGAACCCAACCAGUAUGCCCAGCCUGUCGCAUGUCCAUGGUAAACCGUCAGACCAUUUUUGCUGCUAUGGCCACCUACAACGUCAUUUGUCUCAUACCCAGGUGAAAGGGGAAGGGUGAAUGGGACUGGCUAGUUACUUUAAAUGUUAACUGAUGAAAAUGCUAGUUCAAAUGGUAAUGUCACAGUGUUUCGUAUGCAGAGAGGGAGAGUUCAACCCACAGCUAUUUAUUCACGUGUGUGUGUCUUUGCGGGCCUCUGAGUUCUCUUUAUCUACUGUGUAUGUUAAUGGUCACGUGGGAUGCAGUGCUGGUGUUGUGACUUUAACCUAGGGCCCCGAGUGUCACUGCUGAUCUCAGCACCCGUUGGCACAGUGGUAGUUAGAAGUGAAAAGUAAAGCUGUCACGCCCAAGGGCUUAGCUUUAGGGCAUCACCCCCGCCCCAAGCUGGGCAUGCAGCAGAAUAGUUUUUAAUUAGCCCACCCUCCUCUUCACCCUCCCAUGCAGCUCAGUGUUCAGAAAGCUGGUAAGUCUUAGGGCUUUCCAGAAGUCGCCUACAGAAAAAGAGAAGUUUGAAAGUCUACACCAGGGGUCCUGGCCCUCUCGUGCCCAGCUGGCUGUUUAUAUGAUUCCUCAAGUCCGGCCCUGCCUCAGGCCUGCAGUUCACCUCUAAGUUUUGUAUGACUCAACCUGUAUUCCUCUAAAAGUCCUAUAUCCAUAUUCACCAUUGACUGAUUUGAGGUCCCGAACGGGCCGUGAAUGCUCAAUAGAAGCAGGGCACCCAGGGCUACAUGUAGAUACCUCGCCAAGGCUGGAGACUGGCCUAUUGUAAGACAGAAAGAAAGACAGCGGGGCCUAUCUUAACUUGGCCAGGGAACAGCUUGGUGCAUGUGUUACCUGCGUCUGUAGGCAGGCUAGCUGACUAAUCUCCCUGAGUCGUUCCCUUCAGGAAACCUAACUCCCAGUAUUGAUCUCCUUUUUGCCUUGUACUGAAUGACGCAUUACCUCCACGCUCUCCCAGACUAUGUGUCGACAGGGCCACAGGGCUGCUGUCUCUCUUUGGUGGGGCCGGGGAGUUGACAGGGAUGAGGGUUCAAGGAAUGAGCAUGAAUAACAAGAAAACAAGGGACAAAGUUAAACUGUCACACAGAAGGUUAACUUUUCCAGGGUUUGUAGGUAAAGGUAUUCGACCAUUUGCUGGCUGAGCCAGGUCAUGGGAACUUGAGAGCUUUUACUGUGAUUCUUUAAUGUAAAAAAUAAACAACAAUGUCAAACUGUGUUUAUAUGAUUUGUAUAAAGCCUUUUUAAGAUUACUAUUUAAAUAAACAGUAUACCAGAGAU